AUUCUCAUUUGGAUCGCGAUUAUUCUUCGCGAUCCUAUUAUCUGUAGAAACCCCUAAACUUUUUUCAUAAAGCCCCCUAUAUUCGAUCGCGAUCCGAAUGUUUUCUUAAAACCCCCUAAUUUGGAUCGCGACUAUUAAUCGCGAUCCAACCUUUUGCAAAUCAGUCCCUCAUGUGCGCCGCCGCCGGCGACAUGGAUUUGCCGGCAUGCCGCGGCCGAUGACGCAGGCCGAGAGCACGGUACACGUUCCCCUCGUCGUGGCCGUCCUCGUGCUCCUCCUCCCGGCCUCCCUUUUCCUCUUCCUGCAGCUUCACGUGGGAUUCACGUAAAUUCGUCGUAUUCUACGACCGCAAUCUCACUCCAAAACCAUCAAAUCCAGCUGCUGGUUUGGGGGAAGGCUGCUUUGAGCGAGAUCCAUUCCUGGGGCGCCAUUUCCGCCUGCGUUCCUCGCAAGAAAAGUUGGGUUAUUUCCCAUGUCCGUCGCUGCUCUUCUCGCCCCGCUCGCUCCGUCGCUGGUUGCUCUUGCUCCCGCGGCAUCGCGUGCUCGCCGGAACGGAACCUCGCAGCGUCGUAUCGCCGGAAUUGUCUGAUGCCUGCAUGUUUUGACACUUGCUUACAGUUGAAACAAAACUAGCAAUGGAUGGCAGGAGUUUUGACUUGAGUUGUUCCUUGGGUAUGGAGGAUGACGGUCCAAAUUUGUCGCCAUUUCUGUGCAAACUUUUCAAAGAGUGGGAUGACCGCAAGGCGAGGGGCUUGUUUCACCAUGACAUCAGUUCCUGCGAGACUAAGGUGCUACCUGGAGAACACAAAUUUGUGGCAACAUUAAUAGAAGGACGUGAUCAAAAGAAGCGACCGACUGAAUUCGGAAUGAACCAAGUCCUCCAGCCAUUUGAUAGUGGGAAGUUCAAUUUCACAAAAGUUAGCCAAAAGGAGGUGAUCUUCAGAUUCCAUGAAACCAAAAAGGAUUCUGCCCAGUACUUCGAUGAUGCUCCUCGUACUGUUUCAGCUUCUCCUAGCACUAUUUUGAUCAAUGUGAGUCCAAUUGGUUAUUGCCAUGUGCUUUUGACCCCUAGAAUCCAAGAUUGCUUACCACAAAGGAUUGAUCAAGAGAGCUUCCUACUGGCCAUGUAUGUAGCAAGGGAGGCGAGGAAUCCCUUCUUCAGAGUUGGUUAUAACAGUCUGGGUGGCUUUGCAACCAUCAACCACCUCCACUUCCAGGCAUACUAUCUGAAUAUAAAAUAUCCAGUUGAAAGGGCAACCACAGAGAAGCUCACAACUCUAGGGAAUGGCGUGAGCAUUUUCCAGCUGGUGCAGUAUCCAGUAAGUGGUUUUGCAUUUGAAGGUGGAACGGGCCUGGAGGAUUUGUCAGAUGUGGUUUCCAAAAUCUGCAUCUUCUUGCAAGAGAGCAAUAGGCCUUUCAAUGUCCUUAUCUCUGAAUCUGGUAACAGAGUUUUCCUCCUACCACAGUGCUACGCGGAGAAGCAGCUCCUCGGAAAGGCGAGCCAAGAGUUCCUCGACAUGAGAAUUAAUCCAGCGAUCUGGGAGCUCAGUGGCCAUUUGGUACUGAAGAGGAGGAAAGACUACGAUGAAGCCUCUGAGACAAACGUAUGCAGAUUUCUGGUUGAACCAUCUCUUUCUGGAACAGAAUUCCAUGAGUUGAAGAGAUGCGUCCUCGAGUUCCUGACCAGUCCUUUUGGAUGCAAUUCGGGGAUAAAUUCCUAGAGACUAAUGAACGAACAAUUCUAAGUACCAGUUUUUAGGUGGACUAAGUUGAUCAGAAACUGUUCUGAUGAUACAUCAUGUAAUGUGAUUUGACCGUGCAUCUCUGUAUGGAGUCUGCAAUGAGAAUAAUCUAUUUUGGUAAUUUUUGCCUUU